CGGGGUUUUGAAGAUGGCGGACGACGGAGAGCAGCAACAAACCACAAAUACAGUGGAAGAGCCUCUGGAUCUGAUCAGACUUAGCCUAGAUGAACGGAUCUACGUUAAGAUGAGGAAUGACCGAGAGCUGCGUGGACGUUUACACGCAUAUGAUCAGCAUUUGAACAUGAUCCUGGGAGAUGUGGAAGAGACCGUGACAACCAUAGAGAUUGAUGAGGAGACAUAUGAGGAGAUUUACAAAUCUACAAAGCGGAACAUCCCUAUGCUGUUUGUAAGAGGCGAUGGUGUGGUUCUUGUAGCUCCUCCCUUAAGAGUUGGUUGAUUUCCUUCUAACAAGCUGUUGUCCUGUUACACCUCUGGAUUUUAAUUUGCUAUGAUUACUGAACCUUUUUUGGAUACCCACAGGAACUGCAAGGAUCAGUUGGCACUUAAGUUUAUCCUUUAAAUGGAAAUAUCUUGUUGCUUUCCUAUAUUGGUGAACAAAUGUGUUUUAAUCAAAAACAACCAGGCUAAUGGCAGACGCCGUUUUUUUUUUUUUUUAUAAAUUUGUUUUGAUCGUUGUUUAUACAAGUGGGGAUUGUAUAAGUUUUCCUUUCUGUUGACAUCAGCUGCAUAGUUAAUACAGGUUUUACUGUAUUAUGAUCUAAUAAAUUUGAUAUUUACCAUUUAA